GUUUAUCAACGACACUCUCUUAAUAUCUAAUACUAUAAUAUCUAGACCAGAGAGUCUGGUACUCUUGAGCUGUGAAUCGCCAGAGUAUACCACUUUGAGGACCCAAUUGACCCCAUAGCAUUUUGGUUCCGCUUCUAGCAAGCUUUCUCUACCUAAAUCGGCUACGCGGUAUUGGAUCCGAAUGUAUGUGACGGCGUAAUUUGCUAUCGUUCAACUACAGCAACCGACCCAGACCGGAAACCGAGGCACUUGGUCAUUAGAGUCGGGAGAGAGCGUUGCAGAACUCUUCAACAUGCAUCAGAGCAAGUUAUCACUGCAGCUCCUGCUAUGGAGUACCGCUCUUGUCCAGGGUCUCCCUACAGACGAAAAGUCCAACAGCCAUGACAGUUUAGAGAACCGAGAGGCUCCCAACAACAUUGGAUUCGUCACGUUUAAUUCGAAAGCCCAUGGCAAUCUAAAGCGAGAUGCUCCUAGCGACUCCAACCCGCAACUUGGGUUUGUAACAUUUAAGAUGAGCUCGAAACAAACAGUUUCCAGAGACAGCCACACAGACAAACUCUCAAGAGUUACUCAGAGCCUAGCAGCUAAGUACGGGUCCAAUGUGCCCACUCGUUCCACAUCUGAGGAUCCAGCUCUGCGUAAUCGAGACAACAACUACCAUGUAGAUCCCGCCGUCAAGCCCUCGGUCAGCAACGCUGCGGGAAUCGAUCAGGACGGGACGGACUACUCGUACUUUCUCGAGGCUGCCUUUGGCUCUGAAGGGAAGAAGAUGUACAUGCUUGUCGAUACUGGUGCUAGUACAACGUGGGUUAUGGGCUCGGGUUGUGUCACUACCGCAUGUGCCAAGCAUAAUACAUACGGACCAAAUGAUUCCAAAACGUACAAGGACACCGAAGAAGGCUACUCAGUCGAGUAUGGUUCCGGAGCAGUGAGUGGGCACGUUGUCUCUGACAGUAUCAGCAUCGCGGGGUUGGAGGUGACAAUGCCCUUUGGCGUUGCCAAUAUCACUUCAGACCAAUUUUCCCAGUUCCCCUUCGAGGGCAUCUUGGGGCUGUCCAUGGUCGACGGCACGUGGCUUACCCAUCUCAAGGACGCCAAGCUGAUCGAUGCCAAUGUGUUUGGAAUUGCGUUGAACAGGAAGGCGGAUGGCACUAACGACGGGGAGGUGGCUUUUGGUGCGCCGAACAAGGCCAAGUACACGGGUGACAUAUCAUACACUGGCCUCCAGUCUGAAGAUAGUUGGGCUAUCCCGAUGGACGAUGUGCUGUUUGGUGGCAACUCAGCUGGAGUGAAGGGCAGACUUGCCUAUAUCGACACCGGCACCACCUUUGUUUUCGGUCCCCCUGCCGAUGUUGCGGCUCUGUACAAGCUGAUCCCUGGUUCCAAGACUAUCGACAACGGCAAGACCUAUACUGUUCCGUGUGAUACCGACGGUGAAGUCGCAUUCUCUUUUUCUGGAAAGGCUUACACAGCCUCUUCAAGGGACUUUAUAACUGCUCCUAAUACUGGUGGAACUUGCUUCGGCAGCGUGUAUGGAUUUGAAUUUAUACCUGGCGCUUGGCUUGUUGGAGAUAUGUUCCUGAAGAAUGUCUACAGCGUGUUCGAUAUGGACCAAAAACGAAUCGGAUUCGCCGCUAGGGCAGCUUCCAGCAGCAGUACCAGCAGCAGUGCAACCCCCAGUGGAACGUCAACAACAUCUCCAAGUGGUUCGUCGACUCUUGGAUCGGCUACCGCAACGGCUACAUCAGAUGGCUCCAGCCCAACGGGUUCUCCUUCAGUCGGUUCUGGGGUUGGCCUCGUUCCCGAAGGUACGGCAGCCGCAGGCUCGGGCACGAGCAGUUCGCCAACAGAGUCCGCACCGGGCAGCACGCCCACCACGGACUCUUCGGGGGUGAGGUUAAGCGCAGUGGGCGUAUAUACGUCCUUGAUGUGUAUCCUAUUAAUGGGCAUGAUUUUGUAGGCAUGAGGUAUCUUGGGAUCUUAAUUGUCUCGCAUUUGCAUAUAUACUACGGGCUGCUUUGCUAAAGCAGAUGACAAUCCUUCAUUACGGCAUACGUACCAUUUGGAUAGAAAGGGGUUACUAGGUUUUUGGAUACCUACAUAACUAAGAGCAUAUUUUAGUAGUUAGAGGAAAAGUAUACGAUCAUUUGAUACCCAGGGCGGGUGAGGAACGAAAGAGUCAGCAGCCUAACGCCGGCAUACAACCCCAAAAUACGCUGUUAGGUAUUAUAUUUAUAAUUAUAUAAUAGACAGUGAAAAAUUCAAUUCUAGAAGCUGCCACUAUUUGUUAUGUAACCUAGGCCGUUGU